AAAAAUGCAACUUCUCAAUGUCAUCGAGUUACAUCGCAUCAAUCUAUUUGCGUGGCUCCGUGUUGCAUCGCAGAAAGAUAAGGAAAAUCAAAUAAACAAAAACCUUCUCGCGGCUCUCUACAACACGUACUUCUAACCAUACUUACAUUGACAUCCCGUUUGGAACAUCAAGUGAAGUGGAGGUACCGGAAAUCAUGACCGCCUGAGUACGACGAGCAGCCAUGCUUUUCACAGGCACCCUUUUUGGCUGCUGGUGCCCGGGGCUUUCGCCCCAUUAGGUAGCGCCGUCCUUAGCUGCCGGAGCGGUUGUGUCGGAGUUUGUGCGGUUUGGAACAAACUGAAACGUCUGGGAUAGAGACUUUCUCCUUUCACAUCCAGGGAACAAACGUCGUCAAAAUGCAUUACGUACAGCCAUACAUGGACAAGGCGUCCACGGACCUGCAGUCCAUCGUGGAUUCGCUGCAGGUGUCCGAAGCGCACUUUUUCGAUGAAGACAGGUACAAUGAGGCGGACAUCAAGAAAGUCCUGGAUCUUGGGGACCAGGACUCAGAGAAGAAAAUCGUCGCGAUGAAACAGGUAAAGGAGGCGAUAGUGCAGGAUUUUACUGCGUUGCAAUGCAGAUUUGACCCGCCUGGUGUCAUGUAUUCGUUCUCGUGUUAUCAUCUCAAGUUUUAACCCUGCGCUGCCAAAUCAAUCUCUUUCCACUUCAACAUCCAUCAGGUUCUUGCAGCUGUUUCCUACGGUCGCGAUUGCGGCGACCUGUUUCCGCACGUGGUAAAGAAUGUGGCUACGCAAUCACUGGAGCUGAAGAAGCUGACGUACAUCUACCUGGUGCAGUACGCGGAUUGCAAACCCGAGUUAGCACUCUUAUCCAUCAACAGUUUUCAGAAGGACCUGACCGACCGAAGCCAACUCAUACGGGCGUCGGCUUUGCGGGCCUUGUCGUCGGUAGGAGUCCGAUGGAUUGAAAACUGUUUCUAGAUCAGCAGGUUGAUUAGAGUAUCAGUCUCUCAAAUGUUGACGUUUUCUUUGUGCAACGCAUGCCUCGCCACAGGCGGAUUUUUUGCUCUUUCCAGGUUCGAACGAUGGAGAUAAUCCAAAUAGUGGUAAAAUCCAUAAGAACUGCGCUCGCCGACAGCAGUGCGUACGUGCGGAAGACGGCAACGGCCUGCAUCGUCCGCGUCUACGAAGUGGAUCGGGAUCUCUACAUCCCAUUACGAGACCUCGCCGUCAAGCUGCUGCAGGAUCGCAAUACAAGUGUCGUCGCGUCCGCAAUCACGACCUUCCACUACCUGUGCGUGGCCCGGAGGCCAACAGUACUAUACUUACAAGUGUUAAAAGUUUGAAAUUAGACAACUCGCAUGUAAUCUGCACAUAGAAUGAAAUUGAGGAAGUCGAAGUGUGGCGAGUUGUAAUAUGUCUUUCCUUUGUUCACCUUCAGGCAGAGCCCGAAGGCACGACGCUGGCGCUGCUGCACCCCUAUUUCCGCAGGCUUUUGCCACUCGCCGCGAGUAUGGAUCAGUGGGCACAGUCUUACUUUACGGACAUUAUGCUGCGCUACGCCAAGCUCUUUCUCUUCAAACCAGCGGAAGAGGAGUCGGAAGGUAAGUAAGAACAUGAGGUUCUGGGUUUCGUUUUGCGAAGAGUUUAUUGCUGCUUCUGUUUUCAGGCCGCUGUAAUUGACCACAUUCAGAAACCUCUACGAAUGAAAAUUUGCUCCCACAGCCCCUCCAGUUUCCGCGGACUUUGAAAGUCUAAUCCAGUGCUUGCGCAGUCUUCUACGCGCACAGUCGACCAGCGUCGUUCUCAGUGCCGGCGCUGCGCUGUGCUACUUGAGCCGCGGGGAGGACGACGUGAAGGCGGUGAUCCCCGCUCUUCUUCGGAGUGUCCGAAUAGGCUCGUGGGACAGCAUGGCGGUGCUGUUCAGCGGGUUUCUGCCGAUUUUGCGAACGCACCCCGGUUUGUUCCGCCCGUACCUGUCCGACUUUUUCGUGAUGCAGAUGGACCCCAACAGCAUAAAGCUCCUGAAAAUAGAAGUGCUGGAGCUGCUCGCAGACGAGAAAAAUUGCAGUUUGAUUCUGGCGGAGCUGAAGCAGUACGUCCGAUGGCACACCUACGGACCCUUGGUGGCACGCAGCAUACGUGCCAUCAGCAACGUCGCACUGAGUGUACACAGUUUGUGAAAUUUCUUGGGGUUUUCAAGAAUCUUUUCCACUAGAACUGGUUCGUUUCAUCUUCACUUUGCAAUCCCAAAUUAUAUCGAUUCACACCGCAAUCUGAAAAAAUUCAGGUCGACUCCAGUGUGGUGGAUAGUUGCCUACGUGACCUUGUAAAGAUGCUGGAUUCCAAAUGUGAAACCGUGAGCUCCGAGGCCGUAGUUGCGCUCCGCACGCUGUUGCAGUCCACCAAUGACGCCGAGAAAAGUGGGGAAGGAGGCAUAGGAACUUUGAACAAGGGCCAAUUUUGGAUCCAGGUAGUUUUUAUCGUGCGAGAAUGGGUAAGUACAGAUUUGUGUAGUUCCACCGGAAAGGCGAAAAAAAAUUUUCGUUUGAUUAGACAACAUAAAAAAUCCGUUUCCGUGGUCAACAGGUCAUCUCCCAACUUGCUCGUUCGCUGACGGACCUGACUAGUCCUGUCGCACGGGCCUCGGUUGUCUGGAUCCUCGGCGAGUACCAAGCGGAAGUCCCGCGCCCCUACGCACCAGAUGCGGUUAGACGGCUCGCGAAAUCAUUCGGUCAGGAGGCACUGGACGUCAAGCACCAGAUCAUCACUCUAGCCUACAAGGUCUGGGCCUACCACCUACUCACGCCCGGGAGCUGCAGCACGGAUAACAAGGCGGAAAACACCGAGGCGUUGUCCACCGGGUCCGAGUCUGCGGUGCUGGUUUCCAGCGGCGAGGGCGCCAUGUCGUCUGCUUCCAGCUCUUCUUCCUCGUCCAACGCGAAUGGUGCGUCAACAUCGGACGAGCAGUUUCGAAAAACCAUGGUUGUGCGGCUGGAAAAGAUGCUCGAUUACAUCUGCGCGCAAGCCCAGAAGGACGAGGAAAGCUGGGACCUGCGGGACAUGGGACGAUUCGUAGCAGCGUUGAAGGACAAAGCGAAAGCGGAACUGGGAAUAACAGAAGUGGACGUAGUCCCUUCCGCGCCUGUUCUUCAAAAGCUCAAGGACUCCGGAAUAGAGGGGACCUCCUUCGCAGCCGCGUUUCUGUCUAUUCUGACGAAACAGCCCGCUGCGGAGGCGUUGACCAAGUCCUUGCAGGGAAUAAAAAAGAAAAAAAAGCCGACCGCCGCGGUGCAAACUACAGCGGCAAAGGGCGAGCUGCAAAGUGUGCUGCAAAACGUCCAGUAUAGGACGGCGCCACAGGUGCUUGCUUUUACUUGCUUUAUCGCGACCCAUUGUAACAGUAGAACUUUUUUCAACUUUUUAUAUAAAUGCAAAAUGAAACGUGAAUUUCAAUUUUUCGACCGAAAGCAAGAAUGCUUAUGAAAAAACAGGACCUCGUCACGAGCUACAAGGACCGCAAAAGUUGGAUUUUGUACUCCCUCGCGAGGAUACUUGACGGCCCCUUCGCCAGCUACCAAUCGCUGCCCGAAUUUUCGGAGCUCACGCCCGACGCCGUUCGGGAUCCACCAGUGGAUCAACUGCGCCAGCUGCAGAAGCACAAUGAGCCGACCAGCUUCUCGUCCCAAAAGACCAACGGGUUCGAGUUCGCGCAGGCGCAAAGGGUACGAAAGCCAUCGAUGUCUCGCAUAAGAUCAACAUUUUCGGAUUGCUUUAUUCCAAUUUGCAAAGUUGAAAAUUUUACGAUGAAGUUUUUUUUUCAGCAGCAAAUAACUCAACACCUACAGGUCCAACAACCGUCCAUGAUCGACAAAGCCGUGGUGCCAAAGAUAGAAACCGUGUUUGACUUGGAAUCCUUCUACGCACAGGAGGAAAAAGUCACUGUCCGCUCCGCGGAAAUGAUUAUGCAGCAGCAGAAGGCCCGCCAGGCCAUAUCUGCGCAGAAGAAAAAUCCGCAAUUCAACAGAACAGUGACCGAGGCGCCGGUCGAGGAUUUGUCCACCUUCAGCCUUCUUCCAGACGCGGGCCCUAUCCCAAGCGGUUUACCACCGGCUGUAGGAGUUGCACCAGGUGGGAUAGUACCAGGCGUAAUGCCGCCGGGAAUGGUAAUGCCAGGCGGAGGGCUCAACAUGCCGGGCGUCAUGCCAGCGGCGCAUAUGCCGGGGCAGCAGUUCGUUCCAGGUAUGCAGCCUGCGGGCGCGCUACCAGCAGCCGCUCUGUUGCCACAAGGACCGCAAGUGAUAGAAGGAGAGGACGAAGAGAGUGAGGAUGACGAUUGGGAUGUCAUUAAGAAAAACGCGGACAAAUAGCUGAGCCCCGUGAUGAUCCCAUCGAUCCGAGCUGCGCAUGGUGAAAACGUGAAUUUUUUCUGUCCUAUACAGCCUGUUUGUUGAUGCUAUUGUAUUCAUCAAUACACAUCAUGUAUAGAUACGAAAGCAAAGCUAUAACAGCAGGACAGAGUUUCGAAGAAACUCGGUUUUCUCAAGCUUCCGGAAGCCACGUGCUCCACGACAACAAACAAACAAACAAGCUUCUCAGUUUGCAUCUAUUAGUCGCUACUGUGCCGUCGAAAUCAAAAGCAUUUCGUCGAGCGAGCGCCGCGCGCCAUCUACCAUCAAGUGAUAAUCUACUCUUUUUAUCUUUUUCAAGAAAAAAAGAAAGUCAUGAAGAAAGAGUGUAGGAGAUUGUAAUACAUAUCGGAUGCGCCGGAAUACGACCACACGAUAGUGGAACAAGGCUGGCACUAUCGAAGCAAUUUUAUUGUUCUCGAGAAGGGUGACCAAUGGAGGAUUCUAGAUGAAUGGCGUUGUAGUAGUUGCUGCAAGGAACAAAAUGGACACGACCGAGAAAGGUAUCAGUGACGCGCUAGAGAUGAGAUGAG